AUGGAGCGUUAUAAAUACUCCCCGCUCAUUGCAGCCGAAAAUGAGAUUCGUUUCCUGACGCUAUGCCCUUCAAACGUUGGUCAGGUGUACAUCAAGCUUUGGACAGCAUCACUACCCCGAAAGGGUAAACUGCCUUUCCACACCGACGAUCCCGGAAGCGUCCUCGUUGAGAAUGACACGAGUACAGAGCCAUCCGGAAAGUUUAGCUCUAUCUCGAUUACGCGAAAUCUCUUUACCGUUCUGCCAUAUCUACAGCUCCCGGACAAGCCUCGGAAUCUUUGGAUCGACGCGGUGUGCAUCAACCAAGAAGAUAUCGAAGAGCGAUGUCAGCAGGUUCAACUAAUGGCAGAGAUAUACUCUCAGGCAUCUCAAGUGGUUGCGUGGCUUGGGCCACCCUCUGAAGGCAGUGAUUUUGGUCUUCCUUUGCUUGGCCGGAUCAGUUCUAAAUUUGACGUUGAUUGGAGGAGUGGUCAUAUUCUGUGGGGGACGCCCAGAGAGGAUGAUACUAGGGAAUCCAUUGAUUAUGACAUAUGGCUUCUGGACUGUACUGUUGCAUUUCCUGUGAUGAGUCGCGAGCAUCGAGCUAUGCUGGAAGUCUACAACAGACCCUAUUUCGAGCGCCUCUGGAUCCGACAAGAAGUCACCAAUCCGAGGAAAGUCAUGAUGACUUGCGGCACAAAGGUUCUCCAUGCGGUGGACUUCCACAAAGCGACUCUGCUUUUGUAUCGAAAGUACCUGAUCGCAAACGACAAGCCCUCUCAAGACUUGUGCCAACGGCUCCUGAGUGUACUUCAGAUAUUUGGGGACGAGUCCAUUGAGACACGAAUCGAGAAUGCGUUGACAAGGACUCAAGCAGCCAAGUGUUUCGAUCCUCGCGACAGGGUCUACGCAAUUUUCGGCUUGCUCUCGGCAAAAUCCUUUCUCCAGAGCACGAUCAUCCCAGACUACACAAAGGCAAUUGCCGAAGUAUAUCGCGAGGUGAUCAUUGCAGAGCUAAGCCGGGAUAAGCGUGUGACUGUGCUCUCGCAUAGCGAAAAGAAGAAAACCGCGUUCAAGCAUCCAUCUUGGGUGCCCGACUGGAGUGGUGAACGGACAAGGAGCAGUCUCUCGGGUCACUUUGCCGAUGGUGAGGCUACAGCUACGGCGUCGUUGUCUGACUGUGGGCAAGUGUUACGGAUUGAGGGCCUCUUAGUGACUACGGUGAAAGAGGUAACAAAGGUACAAGCAGUCGCGUGCGAGAACAAGGAGGAUCGACUCAGGGGUAUCCUGCGACAACUCCUACAGUCUAUUGACCCUUCCAAACCCUAUCCAUCUGGUGGCACUGCCAAAGACGCGUGCGCAUAUCUCUUCUCCGGCUACAAGUUGCUGGAAUGUAUGUCCGAGUUGAAACGCAAUGACUUCCUCGCCGGUUUCGAUUAUAUGAGAGACUUGCUAUCAUCUUUGGCCGCACAAGAAGAUGUAGACCUCAAGAGUAGAUUCGGCAGUUACACCAUGUACAUCUCGGAUAUUCUCCAAGCAUGCGAAGGACAGGCUCUGAUAACCACGGAUAGCGGCCUGAUUGGUCUCGGAAACACAGAAGCUCAGCCUGGAGAUGCCAUUGCUAUAGUUCUUGGAUGCGGUCGACCACUCAUCUUGCGAUCACAGUCGAAUGGUAACUACGAAGUGAUAGGAUCCAGUAGCAUCCACGGCCUCAACUGGGGAGAAGCGGUCCUAGGUCCCUUCCCGCGGACCCGCGAGACAGGUUACGAGUCAAAGUAUGAUCCGCGAGUGAACUGGGAUGAGCUGGAGAUAAGAGAGGACAAAGGUGAGCGGAUUUGGUAUGACGAUGAGACCGAGGAUGGGGACAUCAAGCUGUUCGAAUAUCCGGAUGCCAAGUAUCUGAAGGGAAAAGGAGUAGAUAUAGAUACCAUCAAGUUGGUGUGA